CCGAGGGCUCCACAAGGGAAAGGUGUUGGUAAUGAGCUCACAAGCUAGCUCGGCUAACAAGCUAAUUGCCAAAAGUUCAGCCGGAUUUGACAACACUUUCAUCUCUGUAGCUGUUUAAACUCCCUUCUAACAGUCACGAAAGCGUUCGUCAAACAACAGAAGAUUCACGACGAUAUAAAUGUGUUAAUUUGACCGUAAAAAACAAAAGAUAUUAGCUUUGAGCUAACUUUAGAUUCGCGUCAAACAGAGCACCAACUGGAAGAAGCAACUGACACUCCCAAGAAUGAGCUCAGAGACGUUUGAACUUCCCUCUUUGGGGCUAUUUUACGGAUUAAUUCAGCAUGUGACCACCGGGCUCUGCAGCCAUAACUUCAGCCUUCUCACAUGCUUUCCUCUUCCAGGCAGCAGCAGUAGCCUGACGGUAGCUUAGUCUUCAGUCCGACUGUAUCUCUGCUUAUUGUCGCUACAUCCAGAUACCAUCACACACACUUUGGUAUGGAAUAAAUUUACCUCGGUGACAGUGAACCGUAGCUUUGAGCUGGCUUCUCUUAUCGUAAGCACACAGUCCUGAAGAUGGAUGAAGCAUUUCUGAGAGUCCACAAUGAGUUGGACAUGAACCUGGUGGUGUCCUGGAUUUCAGAGCGCUGCUACCAGUGUUUGUACCAGCCGCUAGGGGUGGUCCCUGCUCGGCCCGGUCCUGGUCAGUCCGGUUCAGAAGAAUUCAUUGUGAGCACUCAGCAUGAACUCACACUACAGCUCAACAGCACUGUCGUCAACCUGGAGCUCUGCACAGUUCCCUUCCACUUCGGGGAGCAGGGGAACUACUCUCUGUGGGUGAAAAACUUGAACGAGUCCUCAGUGGUCAACUGCUCCGUAGUGACUGAUGCAGACCCCGUCAACAGCUACAUACCGAUCCUGGUAGCUUUUCUUGUCUUUUCUGGACUGGCCUUGGUGUCUGCUAUUGGAAGAACAAUAUUAGGACUUGAUGUAGUGAAGGGAAUCCUCUUCCGAAUCGGUGGCUCCAUGGAGACAGAGAGACUCAUCAACUCUGAACUGGGCUCCCCUGGCAGGACAGUGGCACCAGUUACUGACAACAUCCUUCCUCCAUCACCCAGCCCCAGCAAAAGGCUGCGAUCUCUGGACACAUUCAGAGGGAUCUCUUUAGUAAUUAUGGUGUUUGUGAACUACGGAGGGGGGCGAUACUGGUUCUUCAGACACGAGAGCUGGAACGGCCUCACUGUUGCAGAUCUGGUUUUUCCUUGGUUUGUGUUCAUAAUGGGGACGUCCAUCGCUCUCUCAGUGAACUCUCUGCUGCGUGCAGGCUGCACUCGCAACUCACUACUGAGAAAAGUUGCGUGGAGGAGCCUGCAGCUCUUCAUCAUCGGCGUCUUCGUCAUCAAUCCAAACUACUGCCAGGGACCACGUGAGUAUAAACACAGUUCUACAGUUAGGGUUAAGGUAUCCCGGACAAUGUUCUUCAUCACUGUUCCACAUUCUGUGCACUUGUGUGGUCGUGUCUUCCUUUCUUCACUCGCUUAUGUGGGCUCACACUCGAUCCUCCUCCACACCGCAGUAUCGUGGGACAACCUGCGGAUCCCGGGUGUGUUACAGCGCCUGGCCUGGUCAUACCUGGUUGUAGCGUGCCUGGAUCUGUUGGUGGCGAGAGCUCACCUUGACAUCAUUACAAUGGAUGCAUGGUGGUCCCCUUGCCUUGAUAUCUUGCUGUACUGGCCGGCCUGGCUGUGUGUGCUUCUUUUAGAAAUCAUCUGGCUAUGCCUCACUUUCGUACUUCCUGUACCAGACUGCCCAACCGGCUAUCUAGGUCCAGGUGGGAUUGGGGACAUGGGCUUAUAUGCUAACUGCACUGGUGGAGCAGCUGGAUUUAUUGACCGCUGGCUGCUUGGAGAAAACCACAUCUACCAGACUCCUUCGUCACGGGUGAUUUAUGCGACUCACAUGCCUUAUGAUCCGGAAGGUGUUCUUGGUAGCAUCAACUCUAUCCUCAUGGCUUUUCUUGGAUUACAGGCAGGAAAGAUAAUCUUACACUACAGAGAUCUUCAUACAAGUAUUGUUUCAAGGUUCCUCAUAUGGGGUCUCAUACUGGGAGCUUUAUCAGCGGUUCUGACCAAGUGUUCCACAGACCAGGGAUUCAUUCCUGUCAACAAGAACUUAUGGUCUUUGUCCUAUGUGACAACACUGGCCUGUUUGGCCUUUGUGCUGCUAGUGCUGGUCUACUACACAGUGGAUGUAAAGAAGUGGUGGUCUGGAGCACCUUUCUACUACCCUGGUAUGAACUCCAUCCUCGUGUACGUGGGCCAUGAAGUGUUCGAGGAGUACUUCCCUUUCCGCUGGCGCAUGGCCAACAGCCAGUCCCACGCUGAGCACCUCACCCAGAACCUCGUGGCUACUUCCUGUUGGGUCCUCAUCUCCUAUGUGCUCUACAGGAAAAAGAUUUUCUGGAAAAUUUAGAAGCGGGACCCGUCAGUCACGGGGCCUUCAGACAACAAAAGCAGAGGACAUUGUUUACAUCAGAAUUGCUGGAGUUAUAAUCUGAAAACAUUUGGAAAACAGGAGACUGAUUUAUUUUGUCAAAAUGAUGUGGACUCUGUUUCUAAAUGUAUAUGAGUGUCUUACUUCCAAGCAGCACUACUUGUUUGUUUCUGUAGAUUUUCUAAUUUUGGGUCACUACUUUAUAAGAGCAUUAACACUUUUAUUUCAAAGAUCUGAAGAUAUAAAGCAGCUGACCCCUGCCAAAUGUCUUAACUGACUCAGGAAGAACUCAUUCCAAGAAUAGUUAAAGUUGAGAACUAUGAAGACUGUCGUUGUUAAUCUGCUGUUUGACUAGACGCUGGUUUUGAUUCCUCAUGUUGCACCACAGACUACAGCAGCAGGGUGUUGAAGUAGUGCUUUAACAAGCCCUUGUUGACAGAAUCCCUGCUGCCAUCUGAAGUACCGUUGCAUUACUUUGAAAGCUGAAGUGGGUUUUUAUGAGAUUGAAUCUUCAAGGGCCAAAGAAGACUGUAAAUGACACUUAAGUGAAAAUCUUAUCAAGAAUGUAUUGUGAACAUUCAUAUUGAUAUAAUUCACAGGAUAUUUAAAAGGGGGAAGUUUGUAGAUGUUUUAAAACUUGAAAGUAGCUGCAAUAUUUCAUUCCUCUGUCUGUAGUUUUAAUCAUCAUUUACUGGUUUUAUUUUUGAUCAUUAGGCCUGUUUUCCAUGUGCAGCCCCCCCCUCGUUCACUCAGCAAGUGUCCACUGGUGUGACGUACAAGUGAAGGAGAGCAGAUGACUAUUUAAACCCACAGGAAGUUGCAUUUUGGUCCAUACAGAAGCAAAUGUGUUCAUUUUCGAUCAGGUUUCCAAAAACAACUCACAAAACUGCCCCCCCCCCCCCCUUUUUUUUUAAAAAAAUAAAUAAAUUCUCACGCAUGCCCCUUUUAAUGUUGGCAUUUUCAAAAGUGACAAAACUUUUCUCUCACCAAAAGUGCAACUUUUGAGUAGAAUUUUUUUCUUCACAUUUUGGUAAAUGUGUCAUGAAUUUACAGUCUAUAAUUAAUGUAAAGCUACUGUAUGUUGCACCUGUACAGUGAUGCAAUUAUGAGAUUUAAGAGAAUAAGAAUAUAUCUGAUUUUCUCAUCACACCACUAAAACACUUUCUAUGAUUGGCAGUGAAUAAAUGUUGUUUAAAUUUUACUUUUUAUCAACACAUGUUGCAAAACUCUGUGAUGUCUGUUGGAUAUCUGAAUGCUGUGAGAGAUUCUGGAAUAAUUGCUCAUCUUCUGUCUUCAUUGAUAAAAUUAAUUCUGUCAAAUUUUAUAUGUUUAAUUUUUUUAUAUUCACCUUUUGAAAAUAUGUUUAUGUAAUAAAAUGUAUUCUAAAAUA